UAUUGUGCUCCACUCUUCCACCUUGCUGGAAUAAAGGUGGCGACAGUUCGGACAGAGCAUGAAGGUCAGGCACAAGACUUGAUGGGUGUCAUGGAAAAUACGAGUGCUGUUGUUGUUGCUGGUGGGGAUGUUCUCACAGGUUAUUACGGAGAGCAGACCAUGAAGAAGCAGCAAGUCGUCUGCCGCUUGGUGUUUUACCGCUGGGAAAAACAAAUUGUGCCACAUCAGCCAUAUGGGGAUUCAGAGGAAAUCCAGAGCCACGGCAUCUGGCAGAGGCAGCAAUGGCAGUCAUUCGUGAUAUCAAGAGGCCUCUGGAUGUGA